AUCAAUUUUACUUGUAACCUUCACGCAUUUGCUCUAUCAAUCAUCCAUCAAUACCCAUUAUCGGAAUCCGACAGACAGACAGACAGAGAUACAACGAUGAAAGAUCAAUCAGUCAUUCUCAAAGAAGAUGUCUCCGUCGAUGAUUACACUGAUCUUUUGACUGUCGCCCCAUUCUGUUGGUGGCGAUCUGCAGCCAAGUUUGAGGAAUAUCUCAAAUGGAAAGAGGAGGAGGCGAAAUCACCGUCGCUCAAUCCGUUCAAGCUUGAUCCGGAGCUCACGUUUAUGAGGGAAAUGGAGAGGUUAGCAUUGCUGGCGCCGGAGGGUUUAGAUGAACUCCGGCAAAAACUGUAUGCUUAUCACGCCGGAGAUUUCUGGGUUCCGGCCGGUGGUGUUAAGAAAGAGGAUAUGGAUAUUCCAUCUGUGAAUACCAUUCUCUUGGUGGGUUUUCAUAAUUCGGGGAAGAGUUCUCUGGUUAAUCUUAUGUAUAGUGUUCUUGGUCGUUCUGGUGUAAUCCCUUUUGCUGAGACGUUAUCGGGAAAUGGAUCAAGGCAAUUGGCUUCAACCUUGGAGGAACAUAAUGUUUUGAGGUCGAUGAAAAGUGGGUUCUGUGUUUAUGAUAGUGUUGGAUUUGAUUACGAUGAGGUUAAUGAAUUCACUGGAGAAAUAUGGGAUUGGAUGAUUGAGGGUGUUUCUCAUAAAGAACAUCUCAAGAAAUUUGAAGAUGAGAAUCAUAAUCGCCGUCAUCCAUGGAAGAAGAUUGAAUCUGAUUUUCAUAUCUCGUUGGGUUCUACCACUCCCAAAUUCGCAAAUAGGAAGGUUAAUUUCGUUAUGGUGGCUGCUAAUCUCUUUGAAAUCAAUAACGCCAUCAAGACAGGUGAUCGCCGGCCUUUGGAAGCCGUUCGACAGAUCUUCUCCUCUCCCGCCAUCAGAAAAUGCAAUGAGAAUCCUUUGCUUAUCUUGACCCAUGGAGACAUGAUACCUUGUGAGGAAAGAAUCAACGCCCGAGUGAAGAUUUGCGAAUAUCUCGACAUAUUGGAGGCGGGAGUUUACGACAUUGUUUGCGUUACGAGCUAUGGAUUCCUCCCGGACGAAUCAGACCUCAUCGCAGCUUAUUCGGUGACGGAAGCUAUUUACCGGGCACUACUAGUCUCGGACAGGGGAAACCUUCCAAAGAGAAAGAUAAAGGACAAGAUGGUUAUGGUCAUGGUUUGGUUUAUGCGUUUGAUUGGGGCUAUGUUUGGUCUGUUGGCUCGUUUGUUCUCUGGCUUGAGCUCUAGGCACUAAGUUAAGUAGUGUACUUAGGGAGUGAAGAGAAAAAAAGAAGCUUAUAUUAGAGAGAUCAGGAUAAUGGUUUUCAUGCAUGCAUGUAAGCUUUUGGAUGCUUAUUGCUUGUUUUGUACUAGUGUAUUUGCUUAAUUUGUCUUUAUUUUAAAAAAAAAGGACCCAUCUUUUAGUGUAUUUUUAA